AUGAGGAAAGAAGCCGAGGACAAAGAGAAGCUGUUAGCAGAACUCCGCCGAUUAAGCGACGGAGCUGCGACACUAAAGGGCAUGCUCGCCGGGCUCAAGGUCGAAUUCUACUCGAGACCUUCCCUCGUACCACGAUACGCGCCACCGAUACCCGGUCCACCGUCCAACCCGAGCACACCUCUUGGUCCUGCACCAUCAUAUAGAUCAAGCUCUUCACUGUUAGAUCGCAGCUUUGACGCGGCCCAGCGCCUGAGCCCUGCUAGUGUCAUUGCAGAGAGUGUGGCACAUAAGCUGCUUUCAGAGCAGAAACCAUUGCUUAUUAGGGGACUACAGGAUUUUGCGAAAAUGAACCAGUGUCUCAGCGAUGAGACCAGGGAUCAAUUGCGGGAGCUUGAUCAAGCGCACUUUUAUGAUGCCCAGGAGUGUGUGGAUGGUGAUGUGCAAAUCAAGAUUGAGGAUCGUGAUGCGAGCUUCUCGCUUGAGGAUGGAUUGAUGCAGGCACCGCGUGCUCAGUCUUCUUGA